AUGCGCUGGUGCCCCUUCGUCGUAAUCGCCGCCUCCUCGGCUGCGGCUCAACAAACCACUACAACAAUAACCGCCCUGCCCACGACAACUACGACCUUGGACACCUCCUCCCUGGCCUCUGUCUCCUCCUCGCUUUCCUCCAAACUCUCCUCCAUCGAUUCGUCCGUCUCUUCUCAAGUCGCGUCCCUCAGCUCGGCGGCUGCCUCUCUCGUAUCGAGCUUGUCUUCCCAGCUAGCGACUGCCACGGACCCCUCCGUGCAGGCAUCGCUUAGCAGCGCCAUCAGCAGCGUGACGGCGCAGGAGAGCUCGAUUAUUAGUAGCAUCACCGCUAGCGCUAGCAGCAGCGCGGCGAGCGAGACGAGCAAGGCUGGGGCUGCGCCCGUUCAGACAGGAGCGGUGGCUAUGGGGGCUUUGCUUGGUGCUGCGGGGGCUGUUAUGGUGGGAUUCUAG